AUGAGUCGCGCGAGCCAAACCCAGGACACCGACGCCCAGCGUGAAGAGGAGAUUCAGUAUGGCGCCUCCGACAUGACCAAGGAGGAGCUCGAGGACAAGUAUCCCAACCGCCCGAGGAACCACUCCAAGACGCUGGCAUUUCACGAUCUCUUCUUAGAGCUUUUCAACCCGCUCAACGAGAACAAGAAGCAGCCGGCCGGUGGCCCGGCUCGCAAAAAGGGCCCUCACGGCGCCCACAGUCUGUCCCCCCAAGAGCAGCGCAGGCACAUCAUAGAACGGUUCAUCACAAGAUGGCGCAAGGACGUGGGCGACGACUUCUACCCUGCGCUGCGCCUCAUCCUGCCAGACAAGGACCGCGAUCGCGGCGUCUACGGUCUCAAGGAGAGCGCCAUCGGCAAGCUCCUCGUCAAGCUCAUGAAGAUUGACAAAAACUCCGAGGACGGCUACAAUCUUCUACACUGGAAGAUCCCCGGACAGACCAUGGCCGCGCGUCUCGCGGGCGACUUUGCCGGCCGCUGCUUCGAGGUCAUCUCGAAGCGCCCGAUGCGGACCGACGUCGGCGACAUGACCAUUGCCGAGGUCAACGAGCAGCUCGACAGGCUGGCGGCGUCAUCAGGCGAGGCCGAGAACCUGCGCAUCUUUGAGACGUUCUACAACCGCAUGAACGCCGAGGAGAUGAUGUGGCUGAUUCGCAUCAUCCUCAAGCAGAUGAAGGUGGGCGCCACGGAAAAGACGUUUCUCUACCUGUGGCACCCGGACGGCGAGGCCCUCUUCAGCGUGUCCUCGAGCCUGCGCCGGGUGUGCUGGGAGCUAUACGAUCCGGCGGUGCGCCUCGAGCAGGAGGAGGCCGGCAUUUCCCUGAUGCAGUGCUUCCAGCCGCAGCUCGCCCAGUUCCAGAUGCCGGCGUCGUUCCAGCGCAUGAUUGAGCUGCUGCGCGUCACUGAAGAGGACCCCGAGUUUUGGAUCGAGGAAAAGCUGGAUGGCGAGCGUAUGCAGAUGCACAUGAUUGAGGAUCCGGAUCAUCCUGGCGGGAUGCGGUUCUGCUUCUGGUCGAGAAAGGCCAAAGACUACAGCUACCUCUACGGCAACGGCUUCAUGGAUGGGAACUCGGCGCUGACCAGGCAUCUGAAGAAUGCAUUUGCGUCGGGCGUACGCAAUCUCAUUCUCGACGGCGAAAUGAUCACCUGGGAUAUGGGAAUCGACAAGAUCGUGCCGUUUGGAACCCUCAAGACAGCCGCUCUCUCUGAGCAGCAGAACAAGUCCAACUCGGACGCUGCAGGCCACCGUCCGCUGUUUCGCGUCUUUGACAUUCUGUACCUCAACGACAAGCAGCUUACGCAGUACACGCUGCGCGACCGUCGACGCGCCCUCGAAAAGGCCGUCAAUCCCGUCCACCGGCGUCUCGAGAUCCACUCGUACACGCCGGCAACAUCAGCCGACGCCAUCGAGCCCCUCUUGCGAGAAGUCGUCGCCAACGCCUCCGAAGGUCUCGUGCUCAAGAACCCGCGGUCUAUGUACCGUCUCAACAGCCGCAACGACGACUGGCUCAAGGUCAAGCCCGAAUACAUGUCCGAGUUUGGAGAGUCACUCGACUGUCUCAUCAUCGGCGGCUACUACGGCUCAGGUCGCCGCGGCGGAAUGUUGUCGAGCUUUCUGUGCGGGCUCCGCGUCACGCAGAACCACAUCCAGGCAGGCGCCAAUCCCGAAAAAUGUUUCAGCUUCUUCAAGGUCGGCGGCGGGUUCCGCGGCGAGGACUACGCGGAGAUCAGGCACCACACCGAGGGUAAAUGGAUCGAGUGGGAUGCAAAGAACCCGCCGUCCGAGUACAUCGAGCUCGGUGGCGGCGAGGCCAAGCAGCUGGAGCGGCCUGACAUGUGGAUCCGGCCCAAAGACUCCGUCGUCGUGUCCGUCAAGGCCGCCAGCGUGGGACCGUCCGAUAGUUUCGCUCGGGGCAUCACGCUGCGCUUCCCGCGGUUCCGCAGGCUACGGCUCGACCGCAGCUGGGACUCGGCGCUCAAUGUCGAGGAGUUCCAGGAGCUCAAGAAGAGGGUCGACGAGGAGUCCAAGGAGAAGGCCAUGACGGUCGAGGACAGGAAGAGGAGGAACCCUAAGCGCGUGAAGCGCGAGAUUGUCAUUGCGGGCGAGGACGCGGCGCCGGUGGCGUUUGAGGGUGAAAGGUCGCGCGUCUUUGAGGGCUUGCAGUUUUGCGUCUUGUCCGAGUCACUCAAGCCGUACAAGAAGACCAAGACGCAGCUCGAAACCAUUGUCAAGGAAAACGGAGGCGCCGUGUCACAGCGCGCGGGCAAAGACAUGGUCUACAUUGCGGACAAGAAGGUCGUCAAGGCAGCCAGUCUCAUCAAGGAUGGCAGCGUGGACAUUAUUCGGCCUCGCUGGAUAAAAGACUGCCUGGAACAGGACGACGGUGCCGCGUACUUGCUUCCGUACGAGGAAAGCCACUUGUUCCAUGCGACGGAGGAAACGAGGGCCGCGGCAAUGCACAACACGGACCAGUACGGGGAUAGCUACGCAAGAGACGUGUCCGUCGAGGAACUGCGCGAGAUCAUGGCCGACAUGCCCAAGCUCGAGAGCUUGGACGCUUUUGAUGCGCCGGCCUUCCUGCGGGAGCUGGAGGAGCGCCAGAAGGGCCUGGGCGAGAUGCGCAGGUUCAUGUUCCAGGGGUGCGUCGUGCACUUUAGGCCCGUGGAGGGGACGAGCGAGCGACUGCUGGGCAAGCUGGCGCGCUAUGCCAAGUACGCUGGUGGUCGCGUGGAAAAUGAACUGGAUGAGGCGGUGACGCAUGUAGUCGUUGUGGGGGACGAUGCAAUGGAGGUGGGCGACGUGGCGGAUCAGGUGCGCAAGGAGGUGAGCGGGCGACGAAAGAUACCCCGGGUGGUGAAGGGUGCGUGGGUGCAAGAGAGCUGGACGGAGAAGACGAGGCUGGACGAGGAGCAGUACACGGUGCAGUGA